UGCAGUCAUCUGAAGCUCGACUGGGACCAGAGGAUCUGUUUCCAAAAUGGCACACUCACAUGUGAGUUCUCACAUGAUCUGAUGGUUUUACAAGCGUCUGGCAUUUCCCCUGCUGGCACUCCUUCUCUCUCCUGCUGCCCUGUGAAGUGGUUCCUUCUGCCAUGAUUAAGCGGCAGCUGCUCCACAGCACCAGCCGAGUGGGACUUACGAAUGUCAGACUUCUUGAUUUUUUUAAGAGAUGCCAAAAAUUUGGACUUUUACGUGAAAUCGUUCUUUAAAAAAUAAUUUGGAUCAUUGCCAUUUUGUACCUCCUCCUAAAUGGAUACAUCUGGACAUUGUUCCCGAAUGAAGCUGCGGACCUUUGUGGUGAAUGUUACAGCUCUUAAACAUGGUGUGUCUGGAGUUUGUUCCUUCUGGUGGGUUCGUGGUCUCGCUGACUUCAAGAAUGAAGCUGCGGACCUUUGUGCUCUUCACUGGGUCAUCUGUGUGUCGCAGCCUCAGAAGACCAGCGAGAUGGCUGCCAACAAGAGUAAGGGCCAGAGCUCCUUGGCCCUCCACAAGGUGAUCAUGGUUGGCAGCGGAGGCGUUGGCAAGUCAGCCCUGACGCUUCAGUUCAUGUAUGACGAGUUUGUAGAAGACUAUGAACCUACCAAAGCUGACAGUUAUAGAAAGAAAGUGGUUCUUGAUGGGGAAGAAGUUCAGAUAGAUAUUCUGGACACCGCUGGGCAAGAGGACUACGCAGCCAUUCGAGAUAACUACUUUCGGAGUGGGGAAGGGUUUCUUCUUGUGUUCUCAAUCACAGAACAUGAAUCGUUUACAGCAACUGCCGAAUUCAGGGAACAGAUUCUCCGUGUGAAGGCUGAAGAAGAUAAAAUUCCAUUGCUCGUCGUGGGAAACAAGUCUGACUUAGAGGAGCGGAGGCAGGUGCCUGUGGAGGAGGCCAGGAGUAAAGCCGAAGAGUGGGGUGUGCAGUAUGUGGAGACGUCGGCGAAGACCCGGGCCAACGUGGACAAGGUGUUCUUUGACCUAAUGAGAGAAAUCAGAACAAAGAAGAUGUCAGAAAACAAAGACAAGAAUGGCAAGAAAAGCAGCAAGAACAAGAAAAGUUUUAAAGAAAGAUGUUGCUUACUAUGAAUGUCAAGGUGACGGAUGAAGCCAGCUGCUCCUAAGGACACAGGGCUGGGUUGGUAAAGAGAAGGCUAUGGUUGACUUCUUGCUUGUGCUUCCCGCUCUCCCCAACUUCAUUCACUCAAACUUCUUUAAAUGGGGAAAAAUAUUUGUGACUCAGUGGCUGGCAGAAGAAUAAGCCCAUGCAGGUGGAAGGGCUGCUUUGUCAGGAGGUUGUGGAGUUUCUUUCUUCUCCCCUUCUUCCCUCCCAAAAGCUUAGCUAUGUAUAAAGUGCCACAGAUAGGAAACAGCUAUUAAUUACAAAGAGAAAGAAUUGUCAUAGCAUCUUAUUUUGUUCCUAGUUUUAUAACAUUACGAUCCUUUGUUUCGAACUACAAAUGUUGUAGUGGGUUUUGGAGGAGGGAGUGGAGUAAGAUGCCCUCCCACUUUUAUCAGUUUAGUAGUAGUACUGAGAAAAAUCCCUUCAGCUCUAAGAACACUGAAAAAUCCACCGAUUUUUUGGGUAAGUUUCUUGGCAAUACCCUGUGGAUCUGAAACAGCUAAAAAAAAUGAAUUUGAAUUGCGCCAAAUAGGUCAAUAACAAGCUUCUGAAUCCUCCUCACAUAUGAAAAGUGAAAGUUGUGAGUUGUUUUCCUCUUAUUUAAAUAUUGGCCUAUUAUAAUCUGUGUUGGUUAUUUUUCUCCUGUAAGCAUCCUGAUUUUUAUGUAGGAACUUUUCUUUGGCAGAUCAAGUGAAGACUCAGGAAUGGUGUGCAUUAUAAAUGACACACGUUUCCAGUCAUGUAGAUAUUUUUAAGUUCUUUGGCUAAGUCCUCUCCUAACCGCCUGUCCUCUGGUUAGGCCCCUCCCUCUCCACUAGUGGUGAAUGCAUGUGUCUCUCUGAUCAGCAUCACUGCACACGGAGGUCUAGUGAGCCUCUUGCUAAGUGUCACAUACACUCUUCCCAAAGACGUGAUGAGUUAAAGUUGUAUUCUGAAAUCAUGAAGCCAGAGCCUGUGCCAGACCUUCAGACCUUCUGCUACCUCUCAUAGAAUUGCUCUGUAAUUCUAAAUUUAAAAUUAGAAGUGGAGAGAGAUAAGCCAUUGCCCGUUUGCCUCUGAGAAUUGGCUGCUGUUUCUAAUAUAAUUAUUUUCUAAGAUAGCCAGAUAGUUAGAAAAAGAUUUUCAUUGAUGAGAUAUUUUUAAACUUUCUUGCAUCAGUAUUCUAAGUUGAGCAAACUGAAAGAUUUUCAUCAGGAAAGGAGCACUGUGGUAAAAGCCCAGUAUUCACAUUUUUUCCCAUUUUUCAGAAGUGACAUUUCAUAUAUAGGUGCCAAAAGUGAAUCGGGGUGCGGAGAGCGGGAACCUUUUGAAUUUAUGAUUAUCACAGAGAUUGUAGAAAUUAUGAUCUGACUGGAAAACAAUCCUGUAUCCCCUCCCAAAGAAUCAUGGGCUUUUUUUUGAAUAAAAAUGCAGACAAAUAGA